UCAGCCGUAUAUGUAUAUCGAUUUUAGCUUCUGUUUUGUUUGAUUUUCUUAUUUGCAGACCACUUUCGAAUAUUCGAAUAAGUAUCGAAUGAUCAUUUUACCGUGCACCUUCUGCCUUUUCCUGAUACAAAGCUGUCAAAUCUCGCAAUUUAUUUCUGGAUUUUUAUAAAGGAGAAAGAACUGAAGAGGAGACCUGGGGGAUCUUGUGAAAAUAUUCGGUGAUUCAUUUGAAUUUUCCUUUUUAAGUUCUUUUAUUUUUUGCCUUGUUAUGAAGUGGCAGCUAUUGUCAAACGAUGAACCGAGAACAGAGAAAGCGAAUUACCCAAAACAUCACAAAUCUGAAGGAACGGCUUGUGGAUCUAGACCCCAUCAUUGACAGAUUGAUAGAAAAAGAUGUGUUUACCCUGGAACACCGUGAGCGGAUAGAACAUGUGAGCCCUGCAACUCCACAGAAGAAGUUCAAUGAAUUUAUCCAGCUGCUGCUUUCUUCUCCGGAACCUAACACGUAUUUUGUGUUUCUUGAAGCCUUGACUGAAGAGAGACAUCAUUACAUGGCGGAGAGACUACAAAACACCGUCAUCAGUGGGACUUCCCCAGUCCGCAAUUCUUCCUACAACAGGGACCGCUCCCGAUCUCGGGUCACCUCGGCCAUGAGUCGAAGGUCUUACGACCAUUCAGGUGCGUCAGGACCGGCGGGGUUCAAUUAUGGCGGAGCAGCUGCAUUAGAACAAGUGAUGUCACGUCUACUCUCAGACUUCGGUGGGAAAAUAAAUUCCAACAUCUCCAAUUCUAUACAGAAAAUGCGAGCAGAAGACAAACAAGAGAUGGAAAAGAGAAUGGAUGAAAAACUGGCUGCGUUCAAAAAAGAAUGGGAAGAUGAAAAGACUACUAUGUUGAAGAUGAACGAAUCUGCUAUUAGAAACUUACAAACAAGUGUUGAGAAAUUGAGAAGGUCGAAUGAAGAAUAUAACAGACUGUCCGAAAAAUAUGAAAAACUGAAAGAAAUGCAGAAGGAAAUGCGCGAAAAAGAGAAUGAAAGAUGGCAGAGACUAUCACAAUCAAAUGCAGAAAAGGCACAGCUGAAAAUAACCAAUGAAGACUUAAAAUCACAAAUUCAAAAUCUACAAGAGAGAGUAACCAGUUUGGAGGGCGAGAAUAGCCGUCUCAAAGAAAAGGACUGUCAGAAUCAGAUAGAUUUAGAACAUCUCGCUAUAGAAAAUAAAACUCUGAUACAGGAACUGGACGAGAAAGACAAGGAACGCCUGUCCCUGAAGAAAGAGGUGGAAAUGGCCUACAGCCGCAUCAGUGAUGUCGUCAAAUUCCAGAGGGAAAAAUCCGAGCUCGAAGAUGUCACUUACAAGAGCGCUUUAGAAAAGCAAUCGGAGAAACUGAACGAAAUAUUUGAGGUGGUGAAUUCAAUGAAUGCAAAAGACAGGCCAAGAAUUUCAUCUCGUAGUUUAUAUAUAGGGGGAAGUGGACUGAAAACACCGAAUAAACCCGAAAAGAAGUGACACUACACUAUGGAUGUUAUUGAAACUGAAAAAAGUAAAAUCGAAUAUCUGACAAUAGCUUACAGGUUAAAUUUGUACAGUAUAUAUUUCUGUCCUUACUCUAAAUAGACGCUUCAGAAUCUUGAUAGUACAGAUACACGUUUCACCAAAUAUUGAUUCUAGUAAGAAAAAGUGAAGAAUGAUACAUUUACCUUUUCUGAUGUCAAUGUUAAUUUAUCUACAUAACUUCAAAAUGCAAUAUUCAUUACAUUUAUUUAAGCAGAAUUAAAAUUAACGAAUUUAAAAAAAUCACGAUUUCUAUUUUAGUUAAGAAUAUAUUUGUAGAAUAUAAGUGUAA